AAGGAAAAUGUCAGGUCCGGUACCCUAGCUGUGAAUCUGACAGAUGUACCACUUUAUAAAUACUUGCUUCCUUCCUCUAAACAUUGAGACAAUAACCCACUAAUCCCUCAGUUUCAAUUGAACUUCGAGAGACCAAGAUGAUGCCAAUAAUCCUGACUCUACUUUUCUGCAGCACCAACCUGCGUGUGGCGAGUGGAGACAGCUGUUCAGGGAGAGUGGAGCUCUAUCACCAGGGUGAAUGGGGCACGGUGUGUGGAGACGGCUGGGACCUGAACGAUGCCAAAGCCGUCUGCAAGUUUCUGGACUGCGGCUUUGCUAAAUCUGCUGAAAGCGACAGCUCCAGGUUUGGGAAAGGGACCGGGAAAGUUUGGUUUAGCAGAGUGAACUGCACCGGGAAAACAGCCAAUUGCGACCAGGAGAAAGACGCUGGCGUGGAAUGUGCCGGAGAUCUAGUCUCAAUAUUGAAGUUCAUCACAAUAACCAGUGGGGGGCGCUGUGCACUGAAGGCUGGGACCUGAAUGAUGCUCGGGUGGUCUGUCGAUCGUUGGGCUGUGGUGAGCCUCUGUCUACUGAAAGGGGGACACGAUUUGACCAGGGGACCAGACAAAUCUGGCUUAGCAAAUUACAAUGUAACGGGACAGAAUCUUCAGUUACCAGUUGCCAGAAAUCAGAAUUCAGAACAGCACUGUGAUCAUGAGAUGGAAGCUGCUGUUGUGUGUUCAGGUAAGAAGGUUUUGUAACGGACUGCCAGCACAAUAACACAUCUGCCAUUCUCUUUAAUGACAUAGACUUUAACUUCAAUCUAGAACAUUUAAAAGGGCCAAAAACAAAGGUUACCAAAUAAUGUGUGUUUAUUGCCACUAAUGAUAUCAGAGAGAAAUUCAAAGCCAAAACAAGAAUGAAACAUAAAUAAUUCAGGAUGGUGAUAGUGAAAUAGAACUAAUAAUAACA